AACUGAAUUCACUGGGCCUGGCUUGGUGUUGAUUUCAGUAUGCUGCGACGAAAACCAACACGCCUGGAGCUAAAGCUUGAUGACAUUGAAGAGUUUGAGAGUAUUCGAAAAGAUCUGGAGACCCAUCAGAAACAGAAGGAAGAUGUGGAUGUUGUGGGAAGCAGUGAUGGAGAAGGAGCCAUUGGGCUCAACAGUGACCCCAAAAGCCGGGAACAAAUGAUUAAUGAUCGAAUUGGCUAUAAACCCCAGCCCAAGCCCAACAAUCGCGCAUCUCAGUUUGGUAAUUUUGAAUUUUAGAUGGAUUUUCUUGAAUGCCAGAACCCUGGCAUGGAAUAAAAUGA